AAAUCAGAAUUUCCGUUUUAAUGUCUUUGCACUCUUCCAUGUGACAUCUCUAACAAAGUUCCUUUACUAUACUAAAGUAGUACUUUCGUGGUGGCUUCACUCAGAAUUUUGAAAUCUUUCUUUUCAGAUCUCAGAUCCAUUUUACAAACUUGGCUCCUCUCCCCCAUUGUCCUACCACCUGCUCCACCUUAGUACUGAAAUUCUUUAUUCUCAUAAUCCCCUUCAAAAAUCUUUUCUUGCAAUCAUCAUGCUAUGACAAAUAACUUUUCUACUUAAAAGCUUUUCUUUGCAAAUUAUUAGAUUCUGCACAACUGUAAAGGAAAAAAUAAUUAAAAAAGCAAAGCCAAACCCAGAAGUCUGUUUUGUAUAGUACUCAGUGAAACUCAUACCAUCUUUUGAGCAAUUUCACUGUUAUUUGUCAAUUCAUUUGCUUCAACUCUGAACUUUAUAGUAGAGUAUGCUAUGUCUAUGUGAGACUAACCAAUCUCUACAUUAGUACAAAUAUUUUAGCCUGAUAAUAUGAAGAACUUGUGGGUUUAUUUCAGUUACUUGUUUCCUGCAAUCAUUCUUGUUCUGCUUACUCCUUCCUCAGUUGCACAGAUAACAACAAGUGAGAAUAGAAUUCUUUUCCAAGUUCAGAAGCUUCUUGAAUAUCCUCAAGUUCUUCAAGGGUGGAAUAGAUGGACCAACUUGUGUUUCCUCCCUCCUUCACCUUCCCUCAAGAUAGUUUGCACAAAUGGUCAUGUGACAGAACUAACAAUCAUUGGAAACAAGUCCUCCCCAUCUUCACACACCCACAAAGCAGCUUCUUGGACUUCCCUUCAAACUCUAUCAGGAAGAUUCUCCAUUGACUCUCUCUUCAAAGCCAUGACAAAACUUUCAAAUUUGAAGGUGUUGUCCUUGGUGUCCUUGGGUUUGUGGGGUCCUUUACCAGCCAAGAUCAACAGGUUUUGGUCUUUGGAAGUGCUAAACAUUAGCUCAAAUUUCAUUUAUGGGGAAAUUCCACAAUCCAUAACCUCUAUGAGAAAUCUAAGGAGUCUAGUUUUGGUUGAUAAUCUCUUUAAUGGAACUGUUCCUGAUCUCCAAAGGCUAGCUUCUCUUGAAGAGCUCAACUUGGGAGGUAACAAACUGGGUCCUCAAUUCCCUUCAGUGGGAAAGAAUCUUGUCACUAUUAUCUUGAGAAAUAAUUCCAUAAGAUCUCAUAUUCCUCCACAAUUAGUUCACUUUGACAAACUUGAGGUAUUUGAUGUCUCUUCCAAUGAAUUUUUUGGAAACAUCCCAUCCUCUCUGAUCUCUAAGCCUUCCCUUCAGUACCUAAACUUGGCUGCAAACCAUCUAAGUGGUAACCUCUUAGUGAAUACAGCGUGUGGUUCUUCUCUAAAGUUUGUGGAUAUCUCACACAAUCUUCUAGUAGGAGAAUUGCCUUCAUGCUUUGGUUCAAUGUCUUCAAAGGCCACAGUACUAUAUUCUGGGAACUGUUUGUCCACCAAAAAGCUAAAUGAUCAACAACAUCCAUAUUCUUAUUGCAAGAAAGAGGGAGCUUUAGCUGUUAAGCCUCCAGGUAAAAAGCUUAAGAAGGAAUCGGAUUCGGGUACAAAAGUAGGCCUAGUACUUGGAAUAAUCGGAGGAAUUGUAGUAAUUGGAGGACUUCUGGUUGUACUCAUUGUGUUCAUCUUUAGGAAGUCCAAAGCAGAAAGAUUAGAUCAUAAAAUGGACAAAUUUGUGGCUAGUAAAUAUUCUGCCCGUGCAUCUCCUAGACCAAACAAUGGUACAAGACAUAUUCCUCAGGCAAUGAAGCAAGCUACACUUGGACUGCCACCAUAUCGUAAUUUCACAUCAGAGGAAAUUGAAGAUGCAACUAACAACUUUGACCCAUCAAAUUUAAUAGAAGAGGGAUCACAGGGACAGUUAUAUAAAGGUUGGCUCAGAGAUGGUUCAGUGGUCCUGGUUAAAUGUGUAAAAAUAAAGCAGAAAGGUUUGCCCCACAGCAUCAUGCAGCACAUAGAGGUAUUACCCAACUUGAGGCACAGGCAUAUGGUGAGUGUUCUAGGACACUGUAUCACUACUGAACAGGAUCAUCCCCAAACUACAAGCACAGUCUUCAUUGUAUUUGAGCACAUCUCAAAUGUGUCAUUGAGGGAUCAACUUGCAGAUGGGAGAAAGAGGGAAAUGUUGAAAUGGCCACAAAGAAUGGCAAUCAGUAUAGGCAUUGCAAGAGGAGUCCAGUUUUUACACACAGGAGUUGCUCCUGGCAUAUUUGGCAACAAUUUAAAGAUGGAGAACAUUCUGUUGGAUGAUAGUCUCAAUGCAAAAGUCAGUAGAUACAACAUUCCAUUGUCAUCCAAGAGUGCACUUAAUGAACAAACUGCCACCAACCAUAUUGGCAGCACAAAUAAUGCAGAGAAGGAAGACAUUUAUCAGCUGGGUGUUAUUCUACUUGAAGUUAUCACUGGCAAACAAAUUGAAUCCUCGAGUGAAAUAGAGGAGCUGAAGGACGAGUUGGAGAGAGGUUCAUCAGAAACAACAUCAGUACUUAGAAGCGCAAUUGAUCCUUCACUGAGGGGAACUUAUGCAUAUGAAUCAAUGAAGACUGCAGUUCAGAUUACCAUCAACUGUCUCUCCAAGGUUUCUAGCCAGCGCCCUUCAAUAGAAGAUGUUCUUUGGAAUUUACAGUACUCAAUGCAAGUUCAAGAGUCGUGGACCAGCAGUGGAAACCUCAGCACAAAAUUGUAAACCACUUGUCAAUAAAAAUGUUUGCUUACAUUAAGUUCAUUGUUAUAAUGAAUAAAUGUUGAUGUACAUAUGUAAUGUAAUCUCUUCUAUAAGGCCCUAAAACACAAUUUGGCCUGCAUUUUUCCAUAUUAUUAGUUAUUAAAGUUCCUAUCAAAUUUGAACUAGCUUCGUAUCAA